AGUCAUUCUUAUCCAAUCCAAAUAGAAAUCGAAAUCAAAUCAUCAGUUCCUAAUGAGUACAAACUGAUCACUGGAAAAAUGUUGGAUAUAUCUCCUCAGUUCUGUUCUAUGGGGUGGCUCUUGGAGGAAGAAGAUCCCAUGUUCAACCAUGAUCAAGAAAACGGCCUAAACUACUUGUCUAGAGAGAGACCAGAAACCUCAGCAGGCUCCAUUGAUCUCCACUCUCCUUGCAAGAAUGGGGAGUUUAAUAAUGAAGGGUUUCAUGAGGGGGAUGAUCAUGAGAGCAAUAAUAAGAUGGCCAAGAAGCUCAACCAUAAUGCCAGCGAACGUGAUCGUCGUAAGAGGAUGAACUCCUUGUAUUCUUCUCUUAGGUCGCUGCUUCCACCUGAGGAUCAGACAAGAAAACUAAGCAUUCCAGCGACAGUUUCAAGAGUGGUGAAAUACAUUCCAGAGCUACAGAGAGAAGUGGAGAGACUAACUGAAAAGAAGGAAAAGCUGAUGAUGUCAAAGAAGAUUUGCAGGCAAGAAAAGUACACAUCAAUGAAGAAGCAGCAGAGGCAUAGAAAAGCAACUCAAAGUUCAGCAAUUACUCAAAUAAGCGACAGGGAAAUCAUUGUUCAGAGCUCAGCUGAAAAGGGCAAUUACUCUUCAUUUUGUGAGGCUGUGAUGAGAUUGGAGGUGCAGGAAGGCUUUCUUCUGCUCAAUGCAUCUUCCUUUCAAUCACUUGAUGCCACCACCCUUUUCUACACUUUGCAUCUUCAGGCACAAGAAAAUCAAGUGAUAGAUACUGAAAUGUUGAAGGAGAAAGUGUGGCCAUUUCAUGAGAAAGGAGAAGAAAUUACACUAACUUGAAAUUUUAGCUCCUAAUUUAUUAUUCAAAAGGAGUUCUAAAAUACAUGUACUGCCACACCAAAAUUCUAAUCCAAUCAAAUUUGGUCAUACCAAAAUCGAUUAUAUAACAAUUACAAUACAUUUAUUUCAAGAAAAAAAUAAUUACAUGAUAAGCAUAUCACACUUAUCAUGUGAUUGGUUUGAUUCGGCCAAACUUGAUUUGUAUAAGAAUUUUUUCUGUUAGACGGCAUACAUACAGUAGCUAAAAUAAAUCAACUAUUGUGUAUCCAACUUGUAAUCUCAUCUCAUUAAUUGUGCU